CCAUGGCUCCUGGUGCUGACCCUAGCUCGUUCUCCUCCUUUGCCAAGUGCGUUACCAAGCACUUGAAUCUCACCUUCCACGUAGAUUUUGACAGUCACGUCAUCAAGGGGAAGGUGGCUUUGACCGUAGAAGUGCUGGAAGAUAAAUUCUCCUGCCUGACGCUUGACACGAAGGACCUGAAGAUCGCCAAGGUGACGGCCAAUGGGCAGGGGGCUAAAUUCACUCUGGGUGCCCAGCACCGCUUCAAAGGGGCGCCGUUGGAGAUCACGCUCCCCUUUGAACUCUCCCGGGGUCAGCACAUGAUCUUGGAGGUGACCUAUGAGACGUCUCCCAAGGCAUCAGCACUGCAGUGGCUCACACCUGAACAGACUGCUGGGAAAAAGCAGCCUUACCUCUUCAGCCAGUGCCAGGCCACCCACUGCAGGAGCAUGGUACCCUGUCAGGACACCCCAUCAGUGAAGCACACCUACUAUGCCCAGGUGUCUGUCCCCAAGGAGCUGGUGGCUCUGAUGAGUGCUGUGCGUGACGGACAGGAGGUGGACCCCCAGGACAGCGGCAGAACCAUCUACCGCUUCCGCCAGGCGGUUCCCAUGCCUUCGUACCUGAUCGCCCUGGUGGUGGGUGCACUGGAGAGCAGAGAGAUUGGGCCUCGGUCUCGGGUAUGGUCUGAGAAGGAGCUGGUGGAUCAGGCAGCGUAUGAGUUUGCAGAGACGGAGACUAUGCUGAAGACUGCAGAGCAACUGGCGGGACCCUAUGUCUGGGGGCAGUAUGACAUCCUGGUGCUCCCCCCGUCCUUCCCCUACGGAGGCAUGGAGAACCCCUGCCUGACCUUUGCCACGCCCACCCUGCUGGCAGGUGACAGAUCCUUGUCCAACGUCAUUGCCCAUGAGAUCUCCCACAGCUGGACAGGAAACCUGGUGACCAACAAGACCUGGGAGCACUUCUGGCUGAACGAGGGCCACACCGUGUAUCUGGAGAGGAUGAUCGGCAGGAGCAUGGAGAGCGAACAGUUCAGGCAGUUCAAAGCCAUGGGGGGCUGGAAGGAGCUGCAGGAAUCGGUGAACACGUUUGGGGCGAACAACCCCCUGACCAACCUGGUCCCCAGCCUGGAGGAGGUGGACACAGACGAGGCCUUCUCCUCUGUGCCCUACGAGAAGGGCUUCGCUCUGCUCUACCACCUGGAGGAACUCAUGGGGGGCCCGGAGGUGUUCAUGGGCUUUGUCAAGUCGUACAUUCAGCUGUUUGCCUACAGUAGUAUUACCACGGAGGAGUGGAAGAACUACCUCUUCACCUACUUCAAAGACAAGGUGGACAUCCUGAACAAGGUUGACUGGAACGGGUGGAUGAACACCCCAGGAAUGCCCCCGGUCAAGCCACAGUAUGACACCACGCUGGCGGACGCCUGUAUCAACCUGUGCAAGCGCUGGACCCAGGCGAAGGAGGCAGACCUUGCAGGUUUCAGUGAGGCCGACCUGAAGGCCCUCUCCUCUCACCAGGUCAUCGAGUUCCUGGCCCUGCUGCUGCAGGAGGAACCCAUCCCAGUGUCACAUGUGAAGAGGAUGCAGGAAGUCUACAACCUGAACGCUGUCAAAAACGCUGAGAUCAAGUUCAGGUGGCUGCGCUUGUGUGUGAGGUCCAAGUGGGAGGAGGCAGUUCCUCUGGCCUUCAAAAUGGCCACUGAGCAGGGGCGCAUGAAGUUCACACGGCCCCUCUUCAGAGAGGUUUAUAACUUUGAUAAGUUCCGAGACGAAGCGGUCAGCACCUUCAUCAAGUACAGAGGAGCCAUGCAUCCCGUCACUGCCUUCCUGGUGGCCAAGGAUCUGAAGGUGGACCAGGGUCAGAGCACUGGCUUCUAACCCCACCCCUGCUGCCUUGAUACACCAUUCAGGAUGGGGGAACCACUCCUCCCUCUCUCCCUCUCUCUCUCUCACUCUCUCUCGCGCGCACACAUUGCAAAGCCAUACCAAAGCCACUGGCUACCAGCUGCUUCUUCCUCUGGAACACGCUUAGAUUUUUACAAGAUUGUACUCAUCUCAGGCUGUAGAAACCCUUCACUUCAAGUACAGUACAUUUUCAGCACUUCUUUUUACACAGUGAGGUAUGGGGAGGGGGAAAAAGCUUGGAUGUUUUUAUACAGGAUCUUUUUUUCCCUCACAUCCCUGCAUCCAUGUAUGAGACGGCAUUUCUUCUUUUGUUCUAUCCUGCCGUGUGCAUUUCACCCGAAUCGCAAAUAAAAUGCUGUGCAU